CCUGUUACUGUUUUUGUCUCCAAUGCCCCUUGACAUUCCUAUAAAAAUCUCCCGAAUUAGUGCUCUUCCCUUCCAGGACUUUUGUGGGACUUCAGUUCCUCCUACCAGGACUCUGGAGACCACUAAGGCUCCCCAUGUAAGAAGUUUGGCAGGCACCCUCCCUUUCAGAGUCCCCCUUUGGACUUAGCCCUCUGUUUUCCCCAUUCUCCAUCAGCUCCAAAGCUUCUCACCAUAUCUGCAGCUUUGACCCUCUGACCCCUCUCUCUCUCUUUUUUUUUUUCCGUGACUGUGGAGGCCCCAUCUCAGUUUACCCUUCUCCCGUGGAAACUGGGAACCAGGAAGCGAGGAAGGCUGCCCCGAAUUCAGUGGUAGCCGCCUUUAGAACACUGGCAGGGAUGCAGUUAAAACACCACUUGUGGGUGGGUUUCAGUGCGGUGGCUGCUGUUCCUCCUGGACACGGUGACAUCUUUGGGCACAGGGACGUCUGCAUUCCGUGGUAGUCCCUGAGCUCAGGAGGACUACAGAUGAGGGGAGGCAUCUGCAUGGGGCCAUCUGUGCUAAAAUCCAUUUCUCUCAGAUUUGGCCCAGGUCAAGAGGAAUGAAGGAGAAAUAUGGAAUCUCCCCAAAAGGGCUAAUGAAGAGGGCAGGAGGAUAGCCCAGCACUAAAGAGAAAUACCCCACCGUGGUCACCCAAAAACAGCUGUCAGGCCUGAGUCUAAGUCAGGAGCCACAAACAGCCCCCGAAGGGGCAAAAGGAGCCAUAGAAGACAGUGGAAUAAACAGCAUGUCAGAGACCCGGGACUGCCAGAAACUCAAAGGGACAGCAAAGACAUAAAAUCUGCAUGGGAGGCAGUAAAACCCCAAGAGUGACAUAGAGACAAAUUGACAGCGUGGUGUGGCACAAAUACUUCACACGUCAGCCAUACAUGCAGAAGGACCGAGAUGAAACAGCUCAGGGGAGAGGCAGGAGAAACGGAAAAUAGGCAGGGGCUGUCAUUCCCAGGCAUGGAUGACCUCCGAGGCUUGAUCCUCACCGAGACAAAGCUCUCCUCCUGAUUCACUCCUGAAGAAACCUGGACCCACUGGGCGCGGAGCACUUAGGUAAGGAGGCUGAAGAGACUCAAGCUGUCUGCUCUUUGGCCCUGGAUUCAAAGGUCAGAGAGGUCAGGGAGAAACGUAGGCUGCUUUAUUUGUUUUCAGUGUAUCUACUCCUGGCCCUAAACCCACCAGGACACCGGUGUGGCUCAGGAGGACAGCUAGGAGAGGAGCUGACUGGAAGACAUCUUCCUCAGCUAGCUCUCACCCAGCUCUGCGCUUGCUCAGUGGGGUGACCCGUUUCCCACAGUGACAGUGACCAGUGAGUGACAGGUGAGCCCUGCUGGUCCACUUUGAAAGCCUGUCUUUACUCUUUUCUACAAAACCAGUCAUCGCAAAUAAUCCAAUGUCCUUAAAUGAGACGUUCAAUGUUAAGUAGUCUAAAGAGCUGUGCGGUUUUAAAAGCAACCACCGAAGUCACCGUUUUCUUUCCCCACUUGGUGACAAUUAUUCUCAUUGAAGGGGGUCUCUGUGUACUAACUUAGGAUUCGGGAGUGCUCCCUGUUUGCUUGGUCAGCUUGGGGGAACAAAAAGCUGCUAAGGACUAGCUUGGUACCCUGAAUCUGAGCAACUAAUUGGGCUCAUGUGUCUGUGUUCUGCAGUAUGGAUUUCCAUUAUUCCUAGCCUCCCAAAGACCCCCCCCCCUUUUCUUUCAAUAAAGAAGACCCUGGAGGUGAGGCCAGGACCCAGGAUGUCUCCUCUCUUUAGUCCCAGCUCCCAAGGACAGGGGCUUUGUUGUCUGAGAAGGGAUGCGGUCAAGGGGACCUACCCCUCCGGGAACUGCGUUGGGCAUACAUUUAUGGUUCCUGGGCUUUCCCCUUUGUUUAUUCUUUGUGGGAAGGUUGCGGGUGUAGAGGCCCAGGCACGAAGUUUCUCUGCUUUUUUCUGGGAAGGCUGAGGCUUCCCAAGGACGGGGCCAAACCCAGAGAGAAGUAGAAGAAUUGCAAGUAUGGCGAAGGCCACUCCUCUCCCAGGGAAGCGCAAGUUAUUAACUGGGAAUUCUUUAUAGCUGGCCCGAAGGCAGUUUUCGGCUGUAAACUGGCAUGCACAGCAGCCCUCCUUAAAAAAGGCUAUGGACGAGGUUCUGGGGACAAAGAUCAGAAAUCAACCACAGAAGAGGGUAGGGCAGAAAUAACUAAGCCUUGGAAGAGCUGCUUUUAGCCUGGAGUGUAGAGAUAUCACUGUUCACGGUAGAAAAUGUAAUAUUAUUUAUUUAUCUCCUCUCGUUUGGAGAACGGAUCCAAAGCAAUCUUCCAUGAGCUUCGUGGACGAUGGAGAAAAAUUCAUCUGUGAAGAACCACAUUCCCAGGCCGGAUUCACCUUCACGCCAGAGGUUAGAGACCUGCAGCCUCUUUUGGAUCCACCCUUGUCCUCACAUCCCCUCCGCCUAGACAGACCCUUUAUUCCCAGUGCAGGGACUCAGAGAGUCUCAGGCCUUAGAUCUUUUGCGUCUCUUCCGCAAACUCCUGCAAACCCACCACACAAGCUGGCUGGUGGGCGUUGCGGGUAGGGCUAGGACUGGGUGCCAAUGAGGGCCUUUUGGUGUGUCUGCAGAAGGAACCGUUUCCCUAGGGUCGGGCCAGACUGAAAUUUCUUUACAUCCUGGACUACAAAAGAGCAAUAAGCAUGAUAGCUAGCGAAUCCCAGUGCCCAGUAGUCAGUUGGAAAAGGGAAAGUAGCCCAGGACGAGUUCCCAUCCCACUCCGGGAGUGCUUUCCCGCGAUUGGCUCCCAGAAAACCCUCUCUCGCAGAAGCAAGAGGCAGGCAGAAUCCGAAGACCGGGUCUGCCUUACCCAGCAACCCCGACCCCAAAGACUUCCCAGGGAGACUAGGAGAGGCACAGGAUUUUCAAAAGUGGGUGCCCCACCUGAUGCAGGGGCCUUUUCCAAGGAGCUUCUAGGGUCGGGUGCGCGUGUGGAAGACGUGGAAAGGGAGGCUAGAACCCAGACCCUCGUUUUAAAGAACUGGGAGCGAUCUCUGGCUUCCUUCCCGCUUCCUGGGCUCCCAUUUUAGAGGAAUGUUAUUGUUUAAAGAGACCCCAUUGAACUAUUUCCUGCUCUUUGUCACCUUCCUCUCGCUCUCCGGCAGAGGUUCUCACCGAGAGGUAAUAAACCAACUGCUGCCCACACCGCUUGGCGCGGAGGCGGAUAGGGAAACGCGCCCAGCGUGCGUUCCAAUAAUCCCCGGGGCAAAGAGGCCGGGGACUCCCGGGGCCACAUUCGGUGCAGGCGCAGCCACCAUCACCAAAGCCCAACUUUUAUGUGGGGUGCGAGGACACCUACUAGGGUCGCUAUCUGGACAGAUCCGCACUGGCCUUCCCUCUCCACGCAGGUGAAGGUCGUGGGGAACCCGGAUGGCCGAGGUGGGAGUUAGUGGCAGUCCACGGGGCGAGGGGAUGUGUCCCGAAGCUGCUGCACCUCUGGGGGGCUGAGGCUUCUGAGUGGUCAGGGAGACGCAGAUCCGCCGUAGUCCCUCGCAGGUGCGCGCAGCGUGGACACUCUUAAGUGCCACUGCCGCAGGUGCUAGGGUGCGCUUGCAAGCGCGAUGUGAUCGAGUGUGGGAGUGGAGAGUUUAGCAGUUGUUCUGGGAGCAGGGGCCUGGGUGGCUUCAGCAUUGCUCCUUGCCCUCCCCCAGGGUCCGCCCCGCCGCUUUGAUGGAGGUGCAAACAUUUGGGGGAGGGCGGGGGUGUCGGGACUGAGCCCGACGCUUUUCUUACAGGAAGCGAGCGCUGAACCCAUUGUUGGCCCCCGGCCUCCGGGCCCGCCCGGCCGGUCUGAUAUGGCCGCACACCGCCAAUGGGCAGUGGCUCGGUACUUCAAAGGGUGUCCCGCCCAAUCCGCCGCGCCCCCUGCGAGGCCACUUGGGCUGUAUUUAUGGGGAGGGAACCCAUUUUCUCUUCCCCAGAGACUUACUCUUGUCGCGCCUUGCGGGAGUUCAAGUGGAACCACGGCUCCCCAGCCCCUCUCCCCUCUCCCCGCCCCCUUUCCCCCACAUCCCGGUCCUGGCCCUCCUUUGGCGAAUGUGCUGGGACCCAGGUGUGGUCUUUGGGUUCCGCAAGUGAUCCUUUUUCUUGGAAAAGGGGAGUGAGAGAAGUGAAGGUGGCUCUUGGGUAGGCAGUCAAGACUCGGGGCGGUGGAGAGGGCGGCAGGAGGAUGAGCUCUCCAGGCACAGAGAGCGCAGGGAAAAGCCUGCAGUACCGAGUGGAUCACCUGCUCAGCGCCGUGGAGAGCGAGCUGCAGGCGGGCAGCGAGAAGGGCGACCCCACGGAGCGCGAGCUGCGAGUGGGCUUGGAGGAGAGCGAACUGUGGCUGCGCUUCAAGGAGCUAACUAACGAGAUGAUUGUGACCAAGAACGGCAGGAGGAUGUUCCCGGUGCUGAAGGUGAACGUUUCGGGUUUGGACCCCAAUGCCAUGUACUCCUUCUUGCUGGACUUCGUCGCCGCUGACAAUCACCGCUGGAAGUAUGUGAAUGGGGAGUGGGUACCUGGGGGCAAGCCGGAGCCUCAGGCGCCCAGCUGCGUCUACAUCCAUCCAGAUUCGCCCAACUUCGGGGCCCACUGGAUGAAGGCUCCGGUGUCUUUCAGCAAAGUCAAACUCACCAACAAACUCAACGGAGGAGGCCAGAUCAUGUUGAAUUCCUUACACAAGUAUGAGCCUCGCAUUCACAUUGUGAGAGUGGGGGGCCCACAACGCAUGAUCACCAGCCACUGCUUUCCCGAGACCCAGUUCAUAGCUGUGACCGCCUAUCAGAACGAGGAGAUCACUGCCCUGAAAAUUAAAUACAAUCCGUUUGCGAAGGCCUUCCUUGAUGCCAAAGAAAGAAACGACCACAAAGACAUGCUGGAGGAGCCCGGGGACGGCCAGCAGCCGGGGUAUCCCCAAUCAGGGGGGUGGCUUGUUCCUGGCACCAGCACCCUCUGUCCACCUGCCAGCUCCCACCCUCAGUUUGGAGGCUCGCUCCCUCUCCCCUCCACACAUGGCUGCGAGAGGUACCCGGCUCUGAGGAACCACCGCUCAUCCCCUUACCCCAGCCCGUACGCUCAUCGGAACAACUCUCCCACCUAUGCCGACAAUUCGUCUGCGUGUUUGUCCAUGCUGCAAUCCCACGACAACUGGUCUAGCCUAGGAGUGCCUGGCCACACCAGCAUGCUACCCAUGAGUCACAGCACCAGCCCGCCUACUGGCUCUAGCCAAUACCCCAGCCUAUGGUCUGUGAGCAAUGGCACCAUCACUCCAGGCUCCCAGACAGCUGGGGUAUCCAACGGGCUAGGAGCCCAGCUCUUUCGGGGCUCCCCUGCACAUUACGCACCUCUGACGCACACGGUCUCGGCGGCCACGUCCUCUGGCUCCCCUAUGUAUGAAGGGGCGGCUACUGUCACGGACAUUUCUGACAGCCAAUACGACACAGCCCAGAGCCUCCUCAUAGCCUCGUGGACACCCGUGUCACCUCCAUCCAUGUGACCUGAACUCUUCCCAGCUGUGCGCUAAGACUGGUAACGGCCAGUGUCGACUGGAUCCUCUCCUAGGCACCACAAGACAGGCUCUUGGGACAAGGGAAAGAAAUAAAAGCUUGCUAAUAACUCCAUUGUCAAGUAAGAGGAUGUUUAUCAUGUUCCACGACCCUCUUGCUUGACGCCAGUGGUAGUGAUGUGUGUCCUACAUGUGAAGCCAGGUACAGAGGCGAGGCUGGGGUCCUGUCAAAUCCUUUGUCUCUGCUACAACAUGUAGGUGACUUUGGAAGGCUGGGCUUUGCCCACCCUGUCCUACUGUAGUGAGACACAAGGCACACCUCUAAUGCCUGUCCUCAUUGCUUUAGAGUAGUUAGCUUUGAGGACAGAGAAACCAUAGUCAGCAGACUGUAGCUAAAAUGGAAACUCCUCCGCCCUCUAGAAGAUUCUACAUUAAGCACAUGUAGCUUCUUGUGUUGUGAAGUCAACUGCGCGAUACUUUUCUGUUGACGAACUAGCCAAAGACAAUCCGCAGAAAGUUUAUUUCUUUUCUGCACAAUA